AAGUUGUCGACGACUAUGACCUCGUGCCCGGCUAGCAUCAAACGAUCGACCAGUCACGGUGGCAGUGGCAUUCGAAACAUGGCAGACGUCAUUGAUUGUAACUUUCCUGUUUGGGGCCUGCUGCCUAAGAAAGAGACGGGUGUCACUCAAUUCCUUACCAAAUACCCCGAGUACGACGGCCGAGAUGUCAUCAUCGCAAUCCUCGACUCGGGAGUGGAUCCCGGAGCACCGGGUAUGCAGGUGACUUCAGAUGGAAAACCAAAAAUUAUCGAAAGAUUUGACUGUAGUGGAGCUGGAGAUGUAGACACUAGCAAAGUUGUACAAGCACCAGAUGGAUAUAUACUUGGUCUGACUGGUCGCAAGUUAAAGGUUCCAAGUAAUUGGACCAACCCUAGUGGCGAGUAUCACAUUGGUUUGAAGAAUCUAUACGCAUUGUACCCUGCUAAAUUAAAAGAAAGGGUAGUAGCAGAACGUAAGAAGCGUCUGUGGGAUGAUGGACAUAAAUCAGCACUUGCUGAGGCUUCCAGACAGUUACAGGAAUUUGAAAGCAAAAAUUCACAAUUAUCAACUUUGGAAGAAAGACUAGAAAAGGAAGAACUUGAAGCUCGCGUCGAAGUACUGAACAGCAUUGAGAAAAAAUAUUGCGACGUAGGACCUACCUAUGAUUGCGUUGUUUUUCACGAUGGCAAUAUUUGGAGAGCGUGUAUCGAUACCUCCGAAGAGGGUAAUCUAGAAGCUGGCGUCUUCCUCGGUGAAUAUUCUAUCACGAGAAACUUUGCUCCUCUUACUCAAGAGGAUCAAUUAAAUAUUAGUAUUAAUGUUCACGACAACGGAAACACAUUAGAAAUUGUCAGUUUAUGUUCGAGCCAUGGGACACACGUGGCGUCAAUCGCAGCUGCAUACUUUCCCGAUAAUCCCGAAUUGAAUGGAGUCGCGCCAGGUGCCCAAAUCAUUUCGCUGACCGUCGGUGACGGACGUAUCGGUACAAUGGAAACUGGAACGGCUGUAGUACGAGCGAUGAUCUACAUAAUGCAGCACAAGGAGAAGAUCCAUGUUAUAAACAUGAGUUACGGUGAACAUGCUCACUGGUCGAAUACGGGUAGAAUAGGAGAACUGAUGAAUGAAGUUAUCGACGAGCGCGGUGUGAUUUGGGUCGCGUCCGCCGGCAAUCUCGGACCGGCUCUGUGUACAAUUGGAACUCCCCCAGACAUCAGUUCAAGCAGUAUUAUUAGCGUCGGUGCUUACGUGUCACCCGACAUGAUGAUAGCUGAAUAUUCCUUGAGGGAGAAGAUGGCAGGUAUGCCGUAUACUUGGUCAUCUCGUGGUCCGAUGAUAGACGGAGGCACAGGAGUAACGGUAUGCGCGCCAGGAGGUGCUAUUACUAGCGUGCCGAAUUUCACUCUUAGAAAAAGCCAGCUUAUGAAUGGCACAAGCAUGGCGAGUCCGCACGUAACUGGCGCAGUGGCUAUUCUUAUAUCGGGCCUUCUUGCCAAAGGUUGUCCAUAUUCUCCUUACAGUAUCAAGAGGGCGCUUGAAAAUACCGCUCUUUACGUAUCCAACUUAGAUCCGUUUGCGCAAGGUUCCGGUCUGCUGCAAGUUGAAAACGCCUUCGAUAAUCUCGUCUCAUAUUGCGACGCCCCCGAAAGGGACGUUCGAUUUGCCAUCAAUUGUGGCGUUAAUAAUAGCAAAGGUAUCCAUAUGAGAACAGGUAUCAUCGAUCGCCCGAAAGAUUAUGCGAUCACCGUUGAACCGGUGUUCAUGGAUAGCGAAAAUAUAGAUCCAUCACGCAAAAUCGACUUUAAUCUCAAAUUAACGCUUGUGUGCGGCGCCUCAUGGGUCCAAUUUCCGACGCAUCUAGACUUGAUGCAUAUGCCUCGUGCUUUUGUUAUCAGAGUUGAAGCUUCUAACUUACCAGAAGGUGUUCAUGCCACUAGCGUACGAGCGUAUGAUGUAACCAAUAUCGCAAAAGGUCCAGUAUUCCAAAUUCCGGUGACAGUUAUUCAACCAAUGACGCUACCGAAGACUGCACUUCUUCCCGAUUUAACGUAUGCAAACGUAUUAUUUAAGCCUAAUACGAUUGAACGUCAUUUUAUUCUUGUUCCGGAAGAUGCUACCUGGGCAGUUUUAAGAUUAAGAAGUACAGAAAAGGAUAAGACUGGUAGAUUCGUGAUUCACACUAUCCAAUUGAAACCUCGUAUGUCCUGCAAGACACUCGAGGUUAAUAGAAUCAUCAAUGUCACAUCUCAGUCAGAAACUGUUCAACCAUUUGCUGUCCAGGGCGGAUUAAUUUUAGAAGUGGUUAUCGCAAAAUAUUGGGCAAAUCUAGGCGACAUAUUUAUUGACUAUUCCAUCGAAUUUCACGGAAUUCAUAUGAUAAAUGGCAAUCUUACAAUGCAAUCUGGAGAUGGAAUAAAUCGAAUUGAAUUGCGUAGUUCUCUUAGAAACGAAGAGGUUGUACCCAGCAUUUCUUUAAAAUCAUCUGUUCAAAUUUUAAAGCCUAAUGAAUCGAAAAUUGCUCCUUUACGAGCGCGUGAUAUUAUUCCGCCAUCACGACAAAUAUACGAACUACAAUUAACAUACACAUUCCACUCGGCAAAAGCAACUGAGGUCACGCCGAACGCUGCAUUGCUUAGUGAUCUGCUGUAUGAAAGCGAAUAUGAAAGUCAAAUGUGGAUGAUUUAUGAUAGCAACAAACAACUGAUAUGUUGCGGAGAUGCAUAUCCAUCUAAAUAUACAAUACAAAAGUUAGAAAAAGGAGAUUACACCUUAAAAAUGCAUAUACGCCACGAAAAGAGAGAUCUAUUAGAGAGACUGACGGACAUGCCGUUACUUCUCAGUCAAAAACUCAGCACACCAAUAAAUUUAGAUAUUUACGCCAGUCAGUCACAGGCUAUUAUCGGUGGAAAGAAAAUGGUAGCUGCAUCUAUUCCACCUGGUCAUAUUCUUCCCUUGUACAUCGCUCCAAUGUUCAACGAGAACAACACUGAAAACAAAAUAUCCAAAGGCGCUACCCUCGGUAGUUAUCUUCAAGGUACAUUGACUUUCUGUAAGGACGAUAUCGGAAAGAAAGUGGAUAGUCAUUUAUUCAAAUAUAUAUUAUCUGAACCAACCAAGAAAAAUAGCAACACCACUACCAAGUCCGAAAAGGAGAAAACUAUGACGAAAUGGGACGAGUACAAUGAGGCGUUGAGAGAUCUAAAGUGCAAUUGGCUCGCAAAACUUGCACCGUCCAUAAAACCCGGCGAAUAUGCCAAUUUGCUGUAUGGGGAGCUGAAGAACAUCUUCUCGGAUCACCUGCCCGUCCAUACUGCCAUGUUGACGUCUUUGGAUUCUCCUGAAGCACGUAGACACGUGCCUCACGAUGAUCUCUCGGAGAACGCUAUCGCGCUUGCCAAUCAAAUAAUAACAGUCGCAGACGCCGUGAUCACUAAUAUCGAUCAAGACAAGCUUCUAGCAUACUUUGGCCUGAAGAAUGAUCAACGUCCCGAUGCAGCUAAAAUCAAGACCAGUAUGGAGAAGCAAAAAAGCAGCUUGAUCGAGGUGUUAGUGAAGAAGGGCUGCGCACUGGCGCGAUUGUACGUACAUGGCACAAAGACUGGAGAGGAGGGAUCUUACGGACAUUUACUCGAAAGCGUUACGCAUCAUUGGCAAGAAGUGCAAAAAUUCGCAGAACCUACUGAUAAUAAGGUUAUUAUUCUGUCCUUGUGGCAUGCGCACAUCAAUAAUCAUUAUGGACGUUAUUUGAAAUUAUUGACACGCUAUUACGAGGAGAAACCGCUGAAAGAAGUUGACGAGAAGUGCAUCGAGAUUGCAAGGAUCCUGGGCUGGGAACACUGGUCGCGUCUUAUUACUACGAGUAUACCGACGCGUUAUCCGGCUACUUACAGAUCGUUUUGAUCACUGGUAAGAUUUCAGAUUUAAUUUCAGAUUUAAUGUGGCUGAUAAAACAGGAGCAAUGACUAAUACCGUUUCCAACGCAUCUUUGUAAUAACAGUGUCGAGCAAGCCGGGUGUAAUAUACGUUUAGAUAAAAAUAUUAGUUUAUUACAGUUAUAAUAAACUAAUGAUUUAGAAAUUCUACCGAACUGAUUUAACAAUCAUAUACGUAUGUACGUAAUAUGAUUUGCACGAAUGAAAAUUGAAAGGAAUUUAUUGAAAUUAUUGAUUCACGAGAGACAAAUAUAAUAUAAGCAAUAAUAACAUAUAAAAUGUGUCUCAUUCGCCAAAUUGACGCACUAUUGAUAUCACGAAGGGGACAGAAAAAACCGACAAUAGGCAUUUUCUCUAGAUUCGAAUGAGUACUUAAUCGGAGUCUCGUAAUGAUGACGGCGUUACAAAUAAUGCCGUCACUUCCCAACAUUGUUGAUUUCAAUGAAUAAUGACAUCUAGCCGUUGAAUUAACCGAGCAUCAUAUCGCACUUGGUUCCAUCUUUUAGUUGCAACGUAAUCUAUGUCACUAAACUUUCGUUGUUCAGCUUUAUUUUUACGGUAAAUUAUAUGUAAAUAUAUACGUACGUAUUUUGUUUUUACAUCGACAAGAUAUAGUUUAUUCCAUUGAUGUAUGUUGUUCCUGAUGUACUGCGCGACAAAUCUCGAACGGACUAUUUAUUACUUCUGCGUUCAUGUCAUCGGGAUAAGAUGAUGCAUCGAUUACAUCCAGCACACAGACACUUUUAUAUCUUAUAUUACGCAACGGAUAAAACGUAAUGCCCCGUGCAAAGGAAUGUACAUAUUGGAAAAUAAAUUUGGUACACCAAUUGCAUUUGAGCAAAUGCUAAGAGCCAAACGCUCUUAGUAAUUUUUUUACAGAAGUCUGUAAUGGUAAAACGUCUGUAACAUGCUUAAAAAAACCAGUUCAAAGCGGUCCACCGAUGACCGAUGUAUUCGUCAUUGCGAUCAAGUGAGGAUAGUGCUGCGAGAAUGAGAAUCGAUUGAAUAAAACAUGUUUUAUUAGGAAUUAUAAAUAUAAAGUAACAAUUAUAAUCAUUAGACCUGAUGAAAAAUAAUUUCUCGGAACAAAGGCAGAGCUUGAAAAUCGUUAUAUGGUAAGGAAAUUGUAUUGUUUUUAACAAUAUUGCGCGAUUAUCUAAAUAAUAAAACUAUUAAACAAGUUG